GUUCCUCUUUCACUUCGGAGCUAAAGCAGGACUGAGGAGCGGACUGGAGAGUUGUGGACAUGAGGAGCAGCUGUUCCUGGAGGUUAGUGAAGUUCCUGGCUGCAUCAGCUGUUCUGGUCCUGUCCCUUCAGAUCCUGGUGUAUGAACUGAGCACGGAUUUACCCACACCGGUUCUGCUGUCAGAGGAGGACUACAGGGUCUUAUCCCCUCAGACAUACAAGUACAUCCUGAACCAACCUGCAGCAUGCAAACACAGGACCCCCUUCCUGGUCUUCAUGGUCCCUGUUGCACCACAGCAGGUUGAAGCCAGGCAGGCGGUGAGGAAAACAUGGGGGGCCCCAGGUGCAGAGACCCUCACUUUAUUCUUUAUGGGGGUCCCCGAGGAGCAGGGGUCAGGCGUCCAGGAGCAGCUGGAGGCGGAGAGUGGACGCCACGCUGACAUCAUCCAGAUGGAUUUUGUGGACAGCUACCCCAACCUGACCAUCAAGACUAUGAUGAUGAUGAACUGGCUGGCCACCCACUGCCCCAACGCCUCCUACGCCAUGAAGGUGGACUCUGACAUCUUCGUCAACAUCUUCUACCUCAUGCAGCGCCUUAGAGGUUCUCCCAGGUGGGGCUACAUCACGGGGUCUGUGAUCCGAAACGGGAAGGUGAGGAGGGACAGCAGCAGUAAGUGGUUUGUGUCUAAGCAGAUGUACCCCAAGGACAGGUACCCCACGUACAUGUCCGGAGCCGGGUACGUGUUCUCCUCAGAUCUUGCCUGGAGGAUCUCCUGGGCAUCCAGGUAUGUCAAGAUGAUCCCCCUGGAGGACGUCUACGUGGGGCUGUGUCUGCAGGUGCUGGACGUCCGGCCCGUUUACUCUUACAGCCUUCCAUUCAUGACCAACCUGUUUGAGGUCAGAGAUCUGCAGUACGACAGAUGCACCUUCGCCAGGCGGGUCAUUGUGAACGGGUUCAGUCCAUCUGAGCUGGUCCGAGUCUGGCAGGACUUCUACCAAGGCCACGUUCACUGCUGAUCACACUGAGUUAAGAAAAACCUGAAUGGAACUACUGUAGAGGAAAAAAAGCCAUUAAAUAUUUAGCCAUUUGGGAGGAGGAAUUUGUUUUCUUUUAUAAUCAAAAUUAGACAGAAAAAUAUGUGUACAUGCAUUUAAAAUAAUUAUUAUAUUGUCAUUCAGUUCAGUAGUGCUCCAAUCAGAAUAAUUAGUUUAAGGAGGACAAAACUUUAUCUAAACUUCAGACUUUAUUUUUAUUUAUUCUAAUUCAGAAGCAAAAAAAAUAAUAAUC